AUGGGCGCCGACCAGAAGCGCUCCCACGGCGGGCACUCGCACGGCCACGGCCACCACCACCACCACCAUGACAACACGUACCUGACCUCCUCCAACAAGAACGACGCCGGCGUCCGCAUCACCCGCAUCGGCCUCUUCUCCAACCUCGGCAUGGCCUUCGCCAAGGGCGCCGGCGGCUACGCCUUUGGCUCCCAGGCCCUCAUCGCCGACGCCUGGCACUCGCUGACCGACCUCGCCUCCGACAUCCUGACCCUCGCCACCGUCUCGUGGUCCCUGAAGCCGCCGACCGACGCCUUCCCCGCCGGCUUCGGCAAGGUCGAGAGCCUCGGCUCCCUCGGCGUCUCGAGCAUGCUCCUCGGCGGCGGCCUCUUCAUGUUCUGGAGCAGCCUGCUGACCCUGCACGCCCACUUCUUCCUCGACCCCGCCGCCGCCGCCGACGCCAUUGCCCACAUGCACCACGGCCACAGCCACGGCGGCCACGCCCACGGCCACGGUCAUGCCGGGCCCAGUCUGCACGCCGCGUGGCUGGCCGCCGGCACCGUGGCCAUCAAGGAGUGGCUCUACCACGCAACCAUGAAAGUUGCCCGCGAACGCAAAUCCUCCGUCCUCGCCUCCAACGCCGUGCACCACCGCGUCGACUCGCUCACGGGCGUCGUCACCCUCGCCGUCGUCCUCGGCGCCAACAUCCUCUCCAACGCCGCCUGGCUCGACCCCGUCGGCGGCCUCUUCAUCUCGCUCCUCGUCGUCAAGGCCGGCGCCGAGAACACCGUCAGCGCCCUCUACGAGCUCGCCGACCGCAGCAUCGACGACGACGUCCGCGCCUCGGUCACGCGCCACGCCCGCGCGAGCCUCGAGGCCCGCGGCGUCGGCCGUGACGUCGAGGUCCGCGAUGUCGCCGGCGUCAAGAGCGGCCAGAACUACCUCGUCGACGUCGAGCUCGCCGUCCCCGGCGAUUGGACCGUCGAGGAGGCGCGGGAGGUCGAGGCCGCCGUGCGCGAGCGCGUCGGCGCCAAGGUGCGCGGUGUGCGCCGCGUGCGGAUCCGCUACGUGCCCAAGGAGGCGCCCGUCGCCGGCAAGUUUGACGAGUACAUCGCGGGCGAGGUCAGCCAGCGGGCGUCGCCCGAGUCGGAGGACGAGGACGACCAUGAUCAUGACCAUGACCAUGGGCACACGAACGGCAACGGCAACGGACACGCCAACGGCAAUGGGCACAGCCACGCGAAUGGCAAUGGCAAUGGCCACGCCCACGAGAAGCACCAGUGA